AUGCGAUUGAUAAUGAUGGGAAUGAUUCCUGCGUAUGCGACCUUGUUUGCCGCAGCCGCAGCCGCCGCGGCAUCCUCGAACGGAACCAUGUUCGCCGCAGCACCGGGUUUAUGGAAUGACCCCUGCGCGCUGGGCUGCCUCGCGGGGAAUACCUGUCCGGGGAGGGACAAGAACUGCCUAUGCGAUAACGUUGAUCUGGUGACUUCGGAUGCGUCGAGGGGCUGUCUCCGGGACGGCUGCCCGAAUGUGAAAGCUGACGACGUGGUUGGACAGCUCCGCGGCGAGUGCUCUGGCAAGAAGACGAAGACGGCCAAGGGAAGCCCAGUCGUGUCCAUGCAGGAGAGCACCAGCGGUGCCGCCGCGGGAUCGAGUCCGACUGUCAACGGCGUCAACUCUGUCGGCGGCUCGAGCCUUGUCCCUUCAAGCCCAUCUCCGCCAUCCCCGUCGGCGACGGAGGGCACAUCGUCCACGGCGUCUGCGGGCUCUCCCGUUGCUCCGACGGCAGCUUCUCCAGGCCCCUGGACGGGCGUUCCCACGGUGAUUCUCAACACGUACACGGCGUCUUCUCUGCUAUCACAGAUAUCCGGACUCGUCGUGGCAACUUCCACUCCCCAUACGUCAACCGCAAGCACAACCGGCGGCGGCGUCGUCGUCGCCGCCGGCAGUGGCAGCAACGGCGGCCGCAGCACAACGCCCCCUUCGCCAAAGGGCACAACGUCUUCCACGAGCGACCAAGACACAGACUCGCACGACUCCCAACUGUCGGCGGGAGCCAAAGCCGGCAUCGGCAUCUCCAUAGCCGUACUAUGCCUCGGCAUCAUAUCGGCCGUGUUCUUCUUUGCCUGGCGAAGACGCCGGGGCCAGAGAAACUCGGGCCUGCGCGAGGACACCAUCUCGUGGCUGGGGCACGCGGGGGAGAAACACCGCACGCUGCAGGCAAUUCCGGCAUUUGGGCCGACGAGGAAAAUAGGCGGCGGCGGCGGCGACGGCUUCGGUUCCGGCGGUUUGGCCAUGAGUCUCGAGCCCUCGAGCCAUUUGACCUACUUGUCGCUCGGGUCCGAGCCGAGCCCUAGGGAUGAGAUGGGCGGCAUCGGGAUGGCCCUGUCGUCAGACACGCAUGAUUUGUUGGACUCGCGGACACUGGUUGCCGAGGGGGAUUCAGAGACGCCGCUGCGAGACGGCGACUUGGAUAGUCCUGUGAUUCCGCGCUUUGUGGUGCCGCACGGGUAUUCGCUUGCGUAG